CCAAAAUUGCUUUUUCUCCUCGUUGCCUGAUCCCAAAUCAAGAUGGAGGACAAACAACCCGUCUCCCACACCUUGCCUGCAGAUCGCACCGACGAUGCGGUGGAAUACCUCCAGGGCCACACGGCCAGAUCUGAUACCUCUGAGGUCGAUCUUCGCGCCCUGCGUCGCAAGAUAGAUUUUCGUCUCAUACCUUUCAUGUUUUGCUGCUAUGUCUUGCAAUUUCUGGACAAGGUGAUGCUGAACUAUGCCGCCGUGAUGGGCAUGAAGAAAGAUCUCGGUCUGGUGGCCAACGAGUACACCAAUACCGCAACUUGGUUCUUCCUGGCCUAUCUGAUCGCCGAGGUACCCAACACCUAUUGUCUACAAAAAGCCCCCGCAGCGAAAUGGCUGGGAGCCAAUGUCACCCUGUGGGGCGUCGCCGCGGCCGCAUCUGCUGGAGCCAAAGACUACCCAACUCUCUUGACUGCGCGUGUGUUCCUGGGUAUCUUCGAGGCAACAAUCGGCCCGUCGCUCAUGCUCAUCAGCAGUCAGUACUAUACUAAAAGCGAGCAGGCCCCUCGGUUCACCUUCUGGUACAAUGGACUGGGGGUGGCACAAAUCAUUGGCGGAUUGGUUUCGUUUGGCUUCCAGCAUGUUGAGCACGCAACAAUGGCCGGAUGGCGCAUCAUGUUCCUCGUCAUCGGGUUGGUCACGGUCGUCAUCGGGGUGCUCACCUUUAUCCUCAUCCCUGACACUCCCAUGAAGGCAAAGUGGCUGUCUGAUGACGAGAAGGUCGCUCUCUUACAGCAUGUCAGCGUGAAUCAGACGGGGGUUUGGAGCCGCAAGUUCAACUUCAAGCAGAUCUGGGAGGCCGUUCUUGAUCUCCAACUCUGGCUGCUAACCCUGAUCACAAUCCUGAUCUCGGUGUCCAGCGGUGUUGUGACAUCCUACUCCGCUACCCUGAUUGCAAGCUUUGGCUACCCUGGUCCCAUCUCGGCACUGCUUAAUAUGCCUUCCGGGGUGGUCAGCAUCUUCUUUACCUUGUUGGUGGGACUUGGUAUCCGCAAGACGUCUCACCGCUGGGCCUGGAAUGUCCUUUGCACGAUUCCCGGUAUCAUCGGGGGCGCUCUGCUGUCGUUCCUCCCCAAGAGCAACAAAGCCGGCGUCCUGAUUGGAAUUUACCUGGUCAACGCUAUUGUGGCGACCCUACCAAUUUUAUAUCAAUGGACUAUGGCCAAUUGUGCUGGACACACCAAACGCGCGUUCAGCAGUGCUCUUGUGGCCGGAUCGUUCUCGGUCGGAAACAUUAUUGGGCCGCAAACAUUUCAGGCGCGCGAUGCUCCCGAGUACCGGCCGGCAAAGAUUGCUGUUCUCGCGACGCAGGCAGCCGCAGCAGUGAUGUCAGUGGUGUUGUUCGUGUAUUAUGUCUGGGAAAACCGGAGGAGAGAUCGCAAGCACGGGAAGAUUGAGGGCGCGAUGGUAGACGAGGCCAAGUGGGCAGGGCUGACCGAUAAGCAGAACAGUCAGUUUCGAUAUGUGUAUUGAGGUUGCUGCUGGUUGGGAGAGCCCAACUAACACGAUUGAUUCUCUCAUCAUACAUGAUAGUCUACCUGAGCAACCAACUACGUAGAAUGAACACAGGCU